CAUCAUCUUUUCUUCCUACCUAUUAAACUCACAUUAUAAGAAAUUUUAUGCAAUUAAGGACACAAAUUUGAAAUAUUUAAUUUUGAGAAUAUUUUGGAGAAAAAGGGCUAGGCUGGGCAUGGACAAUUGGAUUAACAGUACUUGCUGCCGGGGAGCAUUUUGAUCGCUGGAAGAGAAGGGGAAGAAGAAGAAGAAGAAGAAGGAGAUCAUAUUUCAAUUCAUAUUGGUUAUGGCGACGCCAAGAUCAGAUAUGAAGGAUAGAGAAAUAGAGCUUUUGAUACCUGUGGGAUGCAUAGAGAAUAAUGCCACUCACUCCAAAUCUUCUUCUCCUUCUCAUUCCCCCAUUUCCUCUUCUUCUCAUCACUCCUCUGGCAAAGAGGCAUUUAGCAAAGUUAUUCGUAGCUGGACUUCGAAAAAGUUCAUCAGCGGAUGUGUCAUCUUAUUUCCCAUAGCCAUAACCUUCUACAUCACCUGGUGGUUCAUUCAUUUUGUGGAUGACUUCUUUUCCCCAAUCUAUAAUCAUCUCGGAAUCAAUGUAUUUGGCCUUGGAUUUGCUACCUCCAUGACUUUCAUCUUCUUCGUGGGGGUGUUCAUGUCCUCAUGGUUAGGUGCAUCUCUUCUUAGUUUAGGAGAGUGGUUCAUAAAAAAAAUGCCCCUCAUGAGCUAUAUCUACUCUGCCUCCAAGCAAAUUAGCUCAGCAAUUUCACCAGAUAAGACUACACAUGCCUUUAAAGAAGUGGCCAUAAUAAGGCAUCCGCGGCUUGGUGAGUAUGCAUUUGGCUUCAUCACUUCAACUGUCAUACUUCACAAGAAUACAGGUACAGAGGAACUUUGUUGUGUUUAUGUGCCGACUAAUCACCUCUACCUUGGAGAUAUAUUUCUUGUAAAUUCUAUGGACGUUAUGAGGCCCAAUCUCUCUGUUCGAGAGGGGAUAGAAAUUGUUAUCUCGGGGGGCAUGGCUGUACCAAAGGUACUGAACAUACAGGAAGUGCAAUCCAUUUUGUCUCCAAGAGUUGGAAAAUUUGCAGUUCCCCAAGUGUGAUCACUCAAAACAGUUGAACAUUUAUCCCUGAGAAACUAUGAAAAAGAUAGUUGGACGUGUAAACUGGACAGACAGAAUGUAGAAAUGGGGUUAAUAAUUUUGGAUAGAGGUUCUUACAAGAAUAUAACCCAAUUUAUUUCCUCUGAUCUUUGUGAAUUUUUGGUACAUUUAUCUGAUUUUUUUGUAAAACAACACUAAACAAACGAGAUUUUGUGAAGUGAGCUCUAGUUAGAUAUUGAAUACGAGUCAUCCCUAUACAGAUGGUCUUGUAUUUCCACGUAGCUUUACUUUUCAACAACUUGUAUUUCUUUUUGGAUGGGAACAACAUUAUGUUAUAAAGGAGCGCGUCAAUAAUCUAAGAAUGGUAUGGGUCAUUUAUUAGU